AGGCUUCAACUGCUUCAGCGGUUCACAAUUUCUGCUAGAUGAUUAUUUAGUAUUGUUGCUGAGGGAUGAAUGGGCCGCUUCCCUCACAACGGGUGUUUCUCUCACAACUCUCAUCUCUCCCCGCUGACACUAAGGUCCGCUUUUUAGGGUGUGUCUCCGCCUAUCAUGUCUCAACGGGCCAUCUGAUCCUACAACACAAUUUCUCCCGGAAGAAUGGCGACCCUACCAUUGUCUCUGUCGAUAUCAAUCUCCUCCUAGAAACCAUGAAAGCUGAUGAUCUGCGUAUUGGCGCAUGGCUGAACGUCCUUGGCUACGUGAGAGUCAAGGAUCGAGAUCACCUCAAUUCGAGUCCCAUCGCGACGACUCGUGCCAUAUACAUUGAGGCAAUCAUGGUCUUCUCCGCAGAAGCAGUCCGCAUAGGGGAGUACGAGAGAAUACUCUGCGAUGCGCAAGACGUCGACCAUGUGUUCCGACGGUAAGCUUGAAUUUAAGAGGCUACAUCUUCCUUCACACGUCUUCGGCUAUCCGAGCAAAAGACAAACUGGGCUGGUCAAGACAUCUUCCUUUCUUUAAAAGAAACAAUUUGCUAUUUUAGUAGAAAUGUCAAUUUCUGUGUAUUCUGAUGUUUGGAACUGCUUCCAUCAAUGCAUAUUUCAUGCAAAUAUCCAAAUUUGCGUUGUCAUAAUCCACCCCAACACCGAAAGUGCCGAAAUUAGUUAUAUAUGCAAUUGUCUAUAGAAAUUUUUGCAAGGCAAAAGGCAAACCUGAAAUGCUCCGAUUUUGGUGGAAAGGGGGAUGGGGGAUGAGGGUUUUUUUUUUUUUUUUUUUUUUUUUUUUUUG